UUGAGUUGAGAUCUUGAUGCGAAUCUGAAAACUGUACUACCUUCUUCUUCUUCUUCUUUAUCGUCGACCUAUAAUAAGACACCCUGCUCACCGUAAGUGCUCUUCCACCCGAUCACCACCACAACUUGGCAAUACACCCUUUACAAAUGUCAAAAACUUAGCGGAUCCCAAACUUACAGGAAACAACUAUCAUCAUCACUGCCGUACAAUCUAAAUAGAAACGUGGUCCAUGUGAUGCCCACCAUUUGUAAAUUGCAUCUAUAUCUUCGCGAUUAAGCUAAUCAAAACAGUGGACGGACCCAUAUGCUUUUCCCCCAGCCCCAGAAGUUAAAGGUGUGACCUGACUCAAAUCUCUCAGAAAUCCCAUCUGUAGAUCUUACUCGUUUACGCUAAAUGACAAUACCCCUGUGCUAACAUCAGCAUUGUCUUCGAGUGGCCUCUUCCAGCGUCAAUAAAAUAGCCAUCUCUUACACUUCGUUCCUUCCGUUUCCCUCUCCACUCUCCCUCAUACUCCUUAAUUUUUAAGCUUGUGGUUUGAUUCUUAGUGUCUAAAUAAGUAGUUUUCCGGUCAUCAAUAGUCAGAGUAAGUCAUGUUGACAUCAUCAGUCGGAUAUGGAAUCCCACCUGCCGAUUUCGCGAGUGGUUUUACACCAUGGGAAGACCAAGAGUUUAUGUCAUCUCUUUUCCUACCUCAGCAGCAAGAUCCUAUAUAUUCCUCCAAUAACAAUAGCGGUUCGGAUAAUGAGCCAAACCAACCCGCUAGUAAUGAUAGUAAUAAUGAGUUAGUAGUGGUUGAUGAGCGUAGAAAGAGAAGAAUGAUAUCGAACCGGGAAUCAGCGAGACGGUCUAGAAUGAGAAAAGAAAGACAUUUGCAAGAUUUAAGGAACCAAAUGAACCGGAUGAAAAUUGAGAACCAGGAUUUGGCGAACCGAUUUGCGUUUAUUAAUCAUUCUAAUCAGGUCUUACGUAGAGAUAAUGAUCGGCUUCGUUAUGAAUCUUCGUCUCUUCGUCGUAGAUUAUCUGAUAUUCGUCGGACAUUGAUUUUUCGACAGCUCCAAUCUUUAUCUUCUUCUUCGGUUUCUACUACUACUAGUGUGCCGUUUAAAACAGUUGGUGAACAACUUCACUCGUUGAUUGCAUAAUCAUAUGAUUUUUAAGUGAUACGAGCGUCUGCCUUAGCUAGUUAGAUAUGGAAUCCUAAUAUAGAACAAUUAUAGACGUGUAAAAUAUAUUAGAUUUAUUUUCUUUUUCUCCUUUGUGCAUUAUUAGAUGUAUUGUUUCGUCAUGAGGUUUUGGAAAUGGUGGCGGGGUUUGGAA